GCAGAUCCUCAGCCUGUCUCAGACCCCAGGACUGUGCACAAGAAGCUUCCAGAGACCUCUGGGAGCUCCAGGCCCAGCUCCUUCCCCCACCUGUGGAGGGGACCCCGCCCCGCCCCGUGUGAGUUGGGCCAGAGCGGGCAUCCAGCACCUGCUGCGUGCAGCCGGCGCUCGUGCUCCUCUCGUCAUCAGCCGGGACGCGGUCGGGGUGAAGGUUCUGGAAAGUGGUUUUGGCUCACUUGAGCCAGGGUACGGGAGUAUGCGGGAGGCAGCUGGAUUCCCCCACCCCUCUCCCGCCAGAGUGGCCAGUGGCCGGGCGGGACCAGGCCCGGAGCCAGAAGCUCAGCCGCCCGCCAUUGGCUGCAGGACCCUGGCCGGCCGCCGAUUGGUCACCGCGGGCGCCUGAAAGGGCCCCGGGGCCCUGGGGCCGCCGCAGACAGGACACGGACUCUGGAGGGACAGAGGGACGGCGCCCCCUGCCAGCCAUGGCCCGGCUGUUCUCUGCGACCUGCCUCCUUCCCCUGCUGCUCUCCGGCCUUGUCCGGGGGCAGGACUCCAAGGUGGACUGCCAUGACGGGGUGAGCGGCUCCAUCUAUGACUAUGGGGCGCUGGCCAUCGACGGGCAGGAGUACAUCCCCUUCAAGAACUACGCCGGCAAGCACGUCCUCUUCGUCAACGUGGCCAGCUACUGAGGCCUGACGGGCCAGUACGUCGAGCUGAAUGCACUGCAGGAGGAGCUGGAGCCCUCGGGCCUGGUCAUCCUGGGCUUCCCCUCCAACCAAUUCGGAAAGCAGGAGCCGGGGGAGAACGCGGAGAUCCUGGCCACCCUCAAGCAUGUCCGGCCGGGCGGCGGCUUUGUCCCCAAGUUCCAGCUCUUUGAGAAGGGGGACGUGAACGGGGACAAGGAGCAGAAGGUGUUCACCUUCCUCAAGAACGCCUGCCCGCCCACCUCAGAGCUGCUGGGCCAGCCCGCCCGCCUCUUCUGGGAGCCCAUGAAGGUCCACGACAUCCGCUGGAACUUCGAGAAGUUCCUGGUGGGGCCCACGGGUGUGCCCGUCAUGCGCUGGCACCACCGCACGCCGGUCAGCACCGUCAAGGCGGACAUCAUGGCCCACCUGAAGCGGCUAGAGGACGCCAGCAAGUAGCCCAGGCCGCCCAGGGCCACUCAGGAAGGACCCUUCUCCGGCCCGCUGUCCAGCCCCCGCACCCUUGGCCUCCCCUUCCCGAGGGGCCCCUGGAACCCCCUCCCCAGAGAGCAGCCAGGGUGACAGCGCGAGGGAAGGCCAGGUUCCCGGGACGCAUCUCCAUGACGGCGGGGCCCGAAGCCUCCGGGCGGGCCUCCCCCGAGCCCGUCUGCCGCCGGCCCUUGUGCAUUCAGGCCGAGUCACAGACGGUCGAUGCCGCCCCGAGCACCCGUCCUCCCCUGCUGCCCGUGGCCUCCUUCCCCCCCCCCCAGUAAAGGCCUCUGCAGGA